CUGACUGACAUGAAAAACGUGUUCUCUUUUUUCUCAUAUCAUUUACUUUACCUUCUCUCACUCUCUCUCUCUAACAUCUGAAUUUGCAUCUCUCAUCUCUCUCUCUCUCUCUCUCUCUCAAUCUGCAAUCCCUCUGUUCUCUCUUAUAUCACUGUCUCACCAUCUCUCUCAAUCUGCAAUCCCUCUGUUCUCUCUUGUCUCACCAUCUCUCUGUUCUACUGAAUCGAUCUUCCCUUUCCGUUCAUCUAAUUUAUUUGUGUUGGAUCAGACUUAAUUGGAAUUGAAAUAUUAUGCCAGAGGUAUGUCUUUAAAUUAAUCUCUUCUUUAGUUUUUUACCUUUCUGUUUUUCUGGUGCUCUCCCAUUUCCUGCUUUGUAUCUCUGUAAUAUCCCACAUUCACUCUCUUAGUUUUUCCGUUAAAUGUGAAUUAGGCUGUCUUUUAGACCUGAAUUUGUGUCUCUCUUGAGUGUCUCCUUGUGAAUCUUCACUUUUCUUUCCAAAAAAAAAAAAAAAAAAAAAAAAACUUCACUUUUGUUUGUCAUUUAAAAUCAAACUCUCUGUAUUUGUUAGCUUUCUCCUUGUUAAAGCUUCCUGUAUUUCUGUUGCCAUAUAUUUCCUUGUAUUCUCUAUUGCAUCAUACAUCUCCUUAGAGAGACAAGAGACAUUAAAAAUGGAAGUGAUUACUAAAAUGGUGGAAAAGAUGGUAGAGCCCAUCAUAGGCCGCUUGUACACAUCCAUCGGCCGUCAAUUUGGUUAUUUGUUUCACUGUAAGCAAAACAUUCAGGAUUAUGCAGAUGAAGUUGACAAACUCAGACGUGUGAAGGGAAGGGUCGAUACCAAGGUUAAAGAAGCCUUGAACAAUGCUCAAGUCAUCGAGGAUGAUGUUUCGCAGUGGCAGACGAAAAUGCAGAGUUCAUUGCCGACUAUGGUAGAUGACAUGAACAGAUUGCUCCAAGGCAAAGAAAAUCUCAGGUGUCUUGAUGUUUGCUUACGUUACCGGUUGGGUAAGGAAGGGAAAAAGAAGAAGACUGAUGUUACCAAGCUUAUAGAGGAAGGCAACUUUGACUCUUUUGCACACCAACCUCCUCUCACUGGUAUUUGGCGCUCAAACAGCAUGAAGUAUGAGAGUUUUGAAUCCAGAGAGCGGGUUUUUAAGCAGAUCAUGGAGGCACUAAAAGAUGAUAGCAAUUACAAGAUUGGGAUUCAUGGGAUGCCGGGCGUUGGAAAAACGAGAAUGAUGAAAGAAGUUGCCGAACAAGCUCAAAAAUGUAAGCUCUUUGAUGAGAUCGCCCAAGUAGUUGUCACCCAAAAUCCAAAUUUAAAAGAAAUUCAACAAAAACUUGCAGAAGGGUUGAAUUGUAAUUUAGAAGAAGAGACUGAAGAUGCAAGAAAGGGGCGGCUAUACCUUAGACUGAAAAAUGGUAAAAAGAUCCUUGUAAUGGUGGAUGACGUUUGGAAUGAUAAAAUUAAGUUGGAGGGCAUUGGAAUUCCAGCUACAGAUGAUCAUUUCACGGGUUGCAAAAUUUUGUUAACCUCUCGGAGUAGAGAUGUGUGCAAAGAGAUGGGUGUUCAAGAAAAAGGUAACUUUCAAAUUGGAGUCUUAUCGGAUGUUGAAGCAUGGUCCCUUUUUAAGAAGAAGGUGGGAGAUUCUUUUGAAACUCAUGAAAUGCAAUCUGUAGCGGAAGAAGUGUGCAGAGAAUGUGCAUGUUUGCCAUUGGCAAUACUUGCAGUUGGUGGAGCACUACAGAAUAAGAGUAAGCAGAAAUGGAAAGAUGCACUAAAACAACUAAGAAAUUGUAGGGCAGAUAACAUUGGUGGAUUGCAGGGAAAACUCUAUUCACGCAUAGAGUUGAGCUACGACUACCUGGAGUCUAUUGAUGCAAAGUCAAUUUUUUUGCUCUGUUGUUUGUUCGGAGAAGAUGCUGAGAUUUUCAUUGAUGAUUUGGUGAUGUAUGGCGUUGGAUUGAGACUUCUCCAAGGCGUGGAUACAAUGGAAGAAGCACGGAAUAGAACUCAUGCGAUCGUCGAUACCCUAAAGAUAUCUUCUUUGUUGUUAGAAGGUAAAAGUGAAAACUAUGUAAAAAUGCACGAUGUCAUUCGAGAUGUCGCCAUUUCGAUUGCAUCAAAAGGGGAAGAUGGCAUGUUUAUAGUGAAAGCCGGUGUUGAGAAGUGGCCAGAGGAUGAUGAAUACAAAAGAUGCAGAGCAAUCUCAUUAAGGUUGAGCAAAGAUUGUGUGCUUCCCGAUAAUUCAGAAUAUCCUCAACUACGCACCUUAAUGUUGGAAGGUUGCUAUCGUUCACCAACUAUUCCGAGUAACUUUUUUAAAGGGAUGGAGAAGCUUGAAGUUUUACAUUUGCGUGACAUGGGCAACUUGACAGUACCAUCGUCACUUCAAAAUCUUCGGAUGUUACGACUGUACCGGUGCAAAUUGGUGAACCUAGCUUUUCUCAAGGAGUUGCGAAAACUUGAGAUACUAAGCAUUCAAUAUCCUAGUCUGGAAGAGUGGACUCUGGAUAUAGGGCAGUUGACUAGUCUACGGUCGUUGGAUGUGAGAGGCUUUUCCAAUCUCCAAAUCCUUCCAGGUUUCAUAUCUAGUCUAUCCCAGCUUGAGGAAUUUCACAUUCGAGACUUUGACCAAUGGGAGAUUGAAGGCAAUGCAAGCCUGGUUGAACUAAAUUCAUUGACUCGCUUAAUCAGUUUACAAGUUCAAGUGCCAAAUGUCAAGUUACUGCCCAUCAAUGAGCUCCUGUCUAAGUCGUUAAUCAGAUUUCAAAUAUCCAUUGGCCAGGGAUUACACUUUUAUGGUUUUGACGGUUCAUCUACAGCAACAAGGAUACUGAAACUAAAGGGAAUUCCUUUGAAGAGGGAGCUUCACAUUUUGAUGGAGAAAGCUGAAGUGCUACAUUUAGAAGAACUGGAAAUUUUAAAGAAUGUGAGUCAAGACACAGAUGGUGAGGGGUUUCUAGACUUGAAGUAUCUUAGAGUUUGGGAUUGUAAGGGGAUAGAACAUUUAUUUGGCAGACCAAAUUGGAAUUCACAGACCAUCGGAUCACGUGUGUCUUGUUCUUUUAGCAAAUUAAGUAUUUUGCGAGUAUUCGAGUGUCCGUCGAGAUAUCUCUUCUCCGCAGCCGCAGCAAGAGGCCUUCUGCAACUCCAAGAAUUAACUAUAAGUUACUGUGAAAACUUGGAAGAAAUAGUUGGAGAUGACAAUGAAAUCAUGGAUAAUGUUGUUACUUUUCAUCAAUUAAAGAAAAUGAGGUUGGAGGAUCUACCAAAACUGAGAAGCUUCAAUGCCAAUACGAAGAAGACGUCAGCUGAAGAAUGCAAUGUGUCCGGCCUUGCACAACUGUUUAAUGAUAAGGUUAAGUUCCCAGCAUUGGAGUUAUUGGAGAUUGGAGGUUUGGAAAGCCUCACAGCGAUAUGGGAUAACCAAUUAUUCCUGGGUUCACAAGCAGAAGAUUCCUUCCGGCAGCUGAGGUUCAUUGAAGUGGAUAUGUGUGAGAAGCUAGUAAAUGUCAUUCCACCCAAUGUACUCCCGUUGUUACAGAAACUUGAAAGCCUCAUAGUUUGGUCAUGUGAUUCAAUUGUAUCUGGAGUUGAAGUGGUUGCUAUUGAAGAAGGUGGUGAUGAGAUCGUCAUGUUUCCUCAAUUAAAGACCAUGGAACUUUCAAAUUUGCCAAAGCUCUGUAGUUUCUGUUGUAGUGGAGGAUCCAAAGAAGAAGAAGAAGCAAGCGAUAAGAUCCUAGUGUUCCCUCAAUUAAACAAAAUGAAACUUUCAAGUUUGCCAAAGUUCAGUAGUUUCUGCUGCUUCAGAAAUGAAAAAGAAAGCAUAUUGAAGGAGACUAUUCCUCAACGAGAUGCUCUCUUUAACCAAAAGGUUCAAUUUCCUUGCUUGGAGAAGUUGGUUAUUGAGAGAAUGAACGAGUAUAGGUGUCUCAAGCUAUUAAAUGUUGCUUCAACAGAAUCACUUACAAGUUUUCAGAACCUUAAAGAGCUCCGUGUGAAAGAGUGCGACUCCCUGGAAGAGGUAUUUAAAGUUAAAGGGUCAAAGGGAGCAGAAGAAACAGGUGCAAGCCAUAAAGCUCUGGGAAAAGAAGUAGAGAACAAUCUUGUGUUCCCUCAAUUAAAUGAAGUGGUCUUUAACAACCUACCGUCCCUGACGAGCUUUUGCGGAAGGAAUUGCAUUUCUGAAUUGCCAUCUGUAAUAAAAAUAACAGUAGAACGCUGUCCCAAAUUGGAGAUGUUUCCUUGCCGAUACCUGAACAGUACUGAACCAUUGCCAAAUGAAAUGGUUGAAUUUCCUAUCUUGGAUAGAUUGAUACUGAGUGAUGAGAGCAUCUUCGAAGGUACAUGCCAUGUCCUUCCCUUUUGCAAAGUACCAAAAUCCCUGGAGGUGAACAACUGCAGAAACUUAGUAAAUGUUUAUACCCUGCUACAGCGGUUUGAGACUACUCAAUUGAGACUGGUGUAUUUACCUAAAUUGGAGCGUAAUUGGAUAAUGGAACCCCAGGGGCAUCUGGUAUUUCACAACCUAACAAAAUUGACAGUAGAACAAUUGGAACUGAAGUAUCUAUUCUCACUCUCAAUAGCAAAAAGUCUCACACAACUCAGGGAUCUAAGAAUUAAAUAUUGUGGUGUGAUGGAAGAAAUACUUAAAAAUGAAGAACAAGAUGCCACGGAUGAAAUUGUGUUCUCUCAGCUACAGCGUUUGAUAGUAAAAAAUUGCAUCGGACUGAAGUAUCUAUUCUCACUCUCAAUAGCAAAAAGUCUCACACAACUCAGGGAUCUAACAAUUGAAAAUUGUGGUGUGAUGGAAGAAAUACUUAAAAACGAAGGAGGAGGAGGAGGAGAAAAUGCCACGGAUGAAAUUGAGUUCUCUCAGCUAGGGCAUCUGAUACUUUCAUAUCUACCAAACCUCACAUGUUUUUGUCAGGCAAACAAUGCUUUUAAAUUCCCAUCCUUGACGCGUGUUGAUAUAACCAGGUGUCCGGAAUUGAAGACUUUCACAUCUGGAUAUUUAAGCACACCGGAUAUAGAAGUAUUCAAAGAUCAGUGGAAGUUAAGUCGUGUAAAUGACCUUAAUAAUCAUGUGCAACAAUUUUGGGAAGGAAAGGUAACUAAGGGAGUAGCAGUGGAGGAUAAUAAUGAUGCAGAAACAAGUUAAGAAGAGGGAGAAACCACGAUGACCAUAUUCCGCUAAAUCAGUAAAUAAGGACAUUGUUGUUACAUGUGACAUGGCUAGAGUGUGACUCUAGUGCGGGAGGUAUGAGUUCUCCCUAAUUGAGAUAGUGCGCACUUAGGGUGGUCUUCCCUACGGGUUAGUGCCUGGAAUAACCAUUGAGGUCUCGGCAGAAUUCCGAGCGUGAUAUCCAAGUCUUCCACUAUUUGUUUUCGCAUUCAAUUCCAAAUUAUCAAUCAUGUUUAUAUUGUGACUUGUUGUUUUGACUAUUGGCGAUUUGAUGUUGUUAAGUACAUACAUAUUAAAUUGUUAUAUUUAGUCGAUUUCACACUUUUAGAUUUCUAGUUGAUAGUCUAGAGAAUCUAUGUUUUGAUGUGUGGUAUUAGAUAUUCCAAUUAUACUAAAUUGUUAUAUUUAGUUGAUUUCGCAUUUUUGAUAUUAAAUUGGUUACCUUGAAAAUCUAUAUCUAGUUGCUUUGUGUAAGCAUGUUUCUAUCUAGGUGCUUUGUGUAAGCAUGUUUCUAUCUAGUUGCUUUGUGUAAGUAUGUUUCUAUCUAGUUGCUUGGUGUAAGCAUGUUAUAUCUUGUUGCUAUGUGUAGCAUGCUCUUGUGUUGUUGAAAUCGCAUAAAGGAUAUGUUUUAUGCUAGUAAUGAUCUUAGGUAGUUAGGAUGCUUCCUGAGUCUUACUUUUGACAUAGACGUUAGGUGGAAUGAACCACAAUGAUUAAAUCAUGCAAACUUGUAAAACUUAGGUCGAUGCAUGCUCAUUUCCUACGAGUAGUUUUAUAUUGCUCACCCCUACGUUACUG